GGAAGAAGGACAACGAGCCACUUGCACUCGCGUAGGGACGCAACCGUACGUGCGUGACUGUGAUAUGUGGUCUCUCUAACUUUCUUGUCUUGUCCAAUCUAUUCAAUGGCCCAGAGGAGGAGAUACGUUUGUAAAUUUUUAUAAAAUCGUAUGGGUAGUGUAGUCUUUUUCUAUUCAUCGACAUGUUCUUGGUGAGAUGUUGUUUUCUCCUUCACAUUACCUUACGUGAUGACGACUACUUCCCCCGUAACACGGUGUCGAGAUCCAGGCUCUCAAUAGAAGACGGUGUAGGACGAAAAGUUAUAUUUUUAUCUUCUUGUCUGGAUGCCCGUGCGUGUCUGGUAGGUCCCUGCCCUUCUAUGGAAGCAACGCAUUUGACUCACCAACUCAAAACAAUGGCUCAAAACCUGCAAGUUUGGUCUCUAGAACAUGUCCAUCGCCAAAGGAACUCGGUGGCGCAGAAAAUUGUAGACAAUGUUACUAAAGACCUCCGGUUACAGUCUUAUACUGCUACGGGUGGUCCUACAUGGCUGAGCCCCCUGAUCAAUGCUGAAGCUGAACCCACGAACGCUAUUCAGUGAAAGCUCAUCCAUCAUAAUUACUCCUCUUUUGUAGUGAGUGAUAUGGGUUCUCGAGGAUGCUUCCUGCAUCAACUUAUCUUUAUCUUUUAUUAGCUUUUUUGCCUACCUAUUGGUUUUGGCUAUGUUAUGUUUGGAAGUUCUUGCUUCUAUUUUGAACCCUGCCUUAUGGCUUAAUAAUAUUCAGUGUUAAAAAAAAAGACUCUAGAACAUACUCAA